AUGUCCCAGGAAACUUAUGAAUUUCAGGCUGAAAUCACUCAGUUGAUGAGUUUGAUCAUCAACACUGUGUACUCGAACAAAGAGAUCUUCUUGAGAGAAUUGAUCUCUAACGCUUCGGAUGCAUUGGACAAGAUCAGAUACCAGGCUUUGUCUGACCCCAAGCAGCUGGAAACUGAGCCAGAGUUGUUCAUCAGAUUGACUCCAAGACCCGAGGAGAAAGUUCUCGAGAUCAGAGACUCUGGUAUCGGUAUGACUAAGGCCGAUUUGAUCAACAACUUGGGUACGAUCGCCAAGUCCGGUACCAAGGCUUUCAUGGAGGCUCUUUCUGCAGGUGCCGAUGUUUCUAUGAUCGGUCAGUUCGGUGUUGGUUUCUACUCGCUGUUCUUGGUCGCUGACAAGGUUCAGGUCAUUUCUAAGCACAAUGACGACGAACAGUACAUCUGGGAAUCCAACGCUGGUGGUUCUUUCACCGUUACUUUGGACGAGCACAACGAAAGACUAGGAAGAGGUUCCGUCUUGAGACUGUUCUUGAAGGAAGACCAACUUGAAUACUUGGAAGAAAAGAGAAUCAAGGAAGUCGUCAAGAGACACUCCGAGUUCGUUGCUUACCCAAUCCAACUUUUGGUCACUAAGGAAGUCGAGAAGGACGUCCCUGUUGCCGAAGAAGAGAAGAAGGACGAAGAGGAAUCCGACGACAAAAAGCCAAAGUUGGAGGAAGUUGACGAGGACGAGGACUCCGAGAAGAAGCCCGAGACCAAGAAGAUUAAGGAGUCCGUGGAAGAAUUGGAAGAACUAAACAAGACCAAGCCAUUGUGGACCAGAAACCCAUCCGAUGUUUCCCAGGAGGAAUACAACGCUUUCUACAAAUCCAUCUCUAACGACUGGGAAGACCCAUUGGCCGUCAAGCACUUCUCCGUUGAAGGUCAACUAGAGUUCAGAGCAAUCUUGUUCGUUCCAAAGAGAGCUCCUAUGGACUUGUUUGAGUCUAAGAAGAAGAAGACUAACAUCAAGCUAUACGUGCGCCGUGUCUUCAUCACCGACGAAGCCGAAGAAUUGAUUCCUGAAUGGUUGAGCUUCGUCAGAGGUGUUGUCGACUCCGAGGACUUGCCAUUGAACUUGUCCAGAGAAAUGUUGCAACAAAACAAGAUCAUGAAGGUUAUCAGAAAGAACAUCGUCAAGAAAUUGAUCGAGACCUUCAACGAAAUCGCUGAAGACAGAGAGCAAUUCGACAAGUUCUACUCUGCUUUCGCCAAGAACUUGAAGCUUGGAAUUCACGAAGACACUCAAAACAGAACCGCUUUGGCCAAGCUAUUGCGUUACAACUCCACCAAGUCUCUAGAUGAGCUAACCUCUCUAACGGACUACAUCACCAGAAUGCCAGAGCACCAGAAGAACGUUUACUUCAUCACUGGUGAAUCCAUGAAGGCUGUUGAAAAGUCUCCAUUCUUGGACGCUUUGAAGGCUAAGAACUUUGAAGUUUUGUUCUUGGUUGACCCAAUCGACGAAUACGCCUUCACCCAGUUGAAGGAGUUCGAAGGCAAGACACUUGUCGACAUCACCAAGGACUUCGAACUAGAAGAAACCGAAGAGGAAAAGGCACAAAGAGAGGAGGAGGCCAAGCAAUACGAACAGUUGGCCACCGCUCUAAAGGAAGUCUUGGGCGACCAAGUCGAAAAGGUUGUCGUUUCUCACAAGCUCAUCGAUGCGCCAGCUGCUAUCAGAACUGGCCAAUUCGGCUGGUCCGCUAACAUGGAGAGAAUCAUGAAGGCUCAAGCUUUGAGAGACUCUUCCAUGUCUUCUUACAUGUCUUCCAAGAAGAUCUUCGAAAUUUCUCCAAAAUCUUCUAUCAUCAAGGAGUUGAAGAAGAGAGUCGAGGAGAACGGUGCUCAGGACAGAACCGUCAAGGACUUGACCAACCUAUUGUACGAGACCGCCUUGUUGACUUCUGGUUUCACUUUGGAGGAGCCAGCCUCUUUCGCCACAAGAAUCAACAGAUUGAUCUCUUUGGGUUUGAACAUCGAUGAAGAUGAAGAAGAAGAAGCUGCCCCAGAAGCCGCUACCGAAGCUCCAGCUGCUGAAAACGCUGCUGAGACCGAAAUGGAAGAAGUGGAUUAA